CUCACUGUCACCGAGUCUGUGAGUACAGUUCCACAGAGCAUGGCACUAAACGGUGACCGUUAGAUCUCCGAUCACGGGAAGUGGAGGUGCACCCCUCUGCACCCGAUCUAGAUCGCCACUCCAAUGGCGUGCUCGUGAAUCCACCCAACCAUGGUGUCCACUCUCUUACUACAAUAGACUACACCCAUCCCAUACAUACAUACACUACAUAUACACUCACACUCCAUUCUCGCUUUUCUCUUCUUCUUCUUCUUCUUCUUCUUCUUGUUGCCGACGAUUCUUUGCUUCUUCUGCUUCUUGUUAUCACUUUAUUCUGCGCCGCAAUGUCCGCGAUAUGAAUCUUCUAAUCUCCUUUUUACAGUUGUAGCUUGCUCUUCUGCUUCGAUCAUCAUACAGUCUGUCACAUUGAUCUCAAGCUUAAACUAUUCAACUUGGGAACUCCAAUAAUUUGAAAAAUGAGGUUGGUGGAGUUUUGGUGUAUAUUUAUAAUAAUUAUAUUGGCCAAUAUUCUUGAACCUGGGAAGGCAGAGGUUUAUAUAGUAACCGUUGAAGGUGAGCCUAUCAUAAGUUACACCGGCGGUAUCGAUGGGUUUGAAGCUACUGCUGUGGAAUCUGAUGAGAAGAUCGAUACCACAAGUGAAUUGGUCACUUCUUAUGCACGCCACCUUGAGAAAAGACAUGAUAUGCUACUUGAAAUGUUGUUUGAUGCUGGGACGUACACAAAACUCUAUAGCUAUCGACAUCUUAUAAAUGGGUUUGCUGUGCAUCUUUCCCCAGAGCAGGCAGAAACUCUUAGACAUGCUCCUGGUGUUAAAUCUGUUGUGAGGGACUGGAAAGUGAAGAGACUUACAACACAUACCCCACAAUUUUUGGGGCUUCCAACUGGAGUGUGGCCGACAGGAGGUGGCUAUGAUCGAGCCGGAGAAAACAUAGUGAUCGGAUUUGUGGACUCUGGGAUAUAUCCUCACCAUCCCAGCUUUGUCACUUAUAAUACUGAACCAUAUGGGCCACUUCCAACGUAUAGAGGAAAAUGUGAAGUUGACCCGGAGACUAAGAGAAGUUUCUGUAAUGGGAAGAUUAUAGGAGCACAGCAUUUUGCUCAAGCUGCAAUAGCUGCUGGGGCAUUUAACCCUAUAGUUGAUUUUGCUUCUCCUUUGGACGGGGAUGGGCAUGGAAGUCAUACUGCCUCUAUUGCGGCUGGAAGAAAUGGAAUUCCUGUGAGGAUGCAUGGACAUGAAUUUGGGAAAGCAAGUGGAAUGGCUCCUCGUGCCAGGAUUGCUGUGUACAAAGCACUCUAUAGACUCUUUGGAGGUUUCAUUGCAGAUGUAGUUGCUGCAAUUGAUCAGGCUGUACAUGAUGGGGUGGAUAUACUCAGCCUUUCUGUUGGACCCAACAGUCCUCCAGCAACCACCAAAACCACUUAUUUAAACCCAUUUGAUGCUACACUUCUUGGAGCUGUGAAAGCUGGUGUCUUUGUUGCACAGGCUGCCGGAAACGGUGGCCCCUUUCCUAAGACUUUAGUUUCGUAUAGUCCAUGGAUAGCAUCCGUAGCUGCAGCAAUUGAUGAUCGUAGAUAUAAAAAUCAUCUGACUCUUGGAGAUGGUAAAAUCUUGACUGGAAUUGGUCUAUCACCUUCUACACAUUUUAACCAAUCAUACACAUUGGUUGCUGCGAAUGAUGUUGUGCUAGACUCGUCAGUUAUGAAGUACAAUCCCACGGAUUGCCAGAGACCUGAACUUCUAAACAAGAACUUGAUAAAGGGGAACAUUCUUCUUUGUGGUUAUUCUUUCAACUUUGUAGUUGGUUCUGCAUCAAUAAAAAAGGUUUCAGAAACAGCGAAGUCUCUUGGUGCAGCUGGAUUUGUUCUGUGUGUUGAAACUGUUUCUCCUGGAGCAAAAUUUGAUCCAGUCCCUGUUGGCAUUCCUGGGAUUGUUAUCGCAGAUGUCAGCAAGUCAAAGGAACUAAUAGAUUAUUAUAAAAUCUCCACUCCAAGAGACUGGACUGGAAGGGUGAAGAGUUUCAAAGGUAUUGGAAAAAUUGGGGAUGGUUUGAUGCCUAUUCUUCAUAAGUCUGCACCACAGGUGGCUUUAUUCUCUGCAAGAGGACCAAAUAUAAAGGACUUUAAUUUCCAAGAGGCAGAUCUUCUCAAGCCAGAUAUAUUGGCACCGGGAUCAUUAAUUUGGGGUGCUUGGUCUCUAAAUGGAACUGAUGAACCAAAUUAUAUGGGAGAGGGAUUUGCCAUGAUAUCUGGAACUAGCAUGGCUGCUCCACAUAUAGCCGGCAUUGCGGCUCUCAUAAAGCAGAAACAUCCACAUUGGAGCCCUGCCGCAAUCAAAUCAGCCUUGAUGACGACAUCAACAACUCUAGACAGAGCAGGAAAUCCUAUUCUAGCACAGCAAUAUUCUGAAACACAGGCGAUGAAGCUAGUAAAAGCUACUCCUUUUGAUUAUGGGAGUGGACAUGUUAAUCCAAGAGAUGCUUUGGACCCUGGGCUAAUCUUUGAUGCAGGAUACAAUGAUUAUCUAGGGUUCUUGUGCACAACACCCGGCAUCGACAUUCAUGAGAUAAAGAAUUAUACAAACACACCAUGCAACAACACAAUGGGCAACCCAGCAAAUCUAAACAGUCCUUCCGUUACAGUUUCCCAUCUAGUAAGAACUCGAGUUGUCACCCGAACCGUCACAAAUGUUGCAGGGGAAGAAGAAACAUAUGUGAAUACAGCUAGAAUGGACCCUGCAGUUGCCAUUGAAGUCAAUCCUCCAGCAAUGACCAUCAGACCAGGCGCAUCGCGUAAGUUUACCGUGACACUAACGGUUCGGUCAGUGACAGGAACCUAUAGCUUUGGUGAGGUUUUGAUGAAAGGGAGCAGAGGUCACAAGGUGAGGAUCCCUGUUCUGGCCAAUGGAUACUCAAGAUAGCUUAAUUUGGUCUCAAAGUUCAAAGCUCAAAGCUAUGUUUGUAAUAUUCUUUGUAACUUGUGGAGAAAUAAGGUAUGUCCUUUAAGAUUUAUUCAUAUGUGAUAUUGAAUAUAUAGGUUGUAAACUGUAAAGGAAGCAAGUGUAAAAGGCGGAGAGACUCAACAUAUAAAGUUUUGCUACUGUUCUCAUUCUCAAGUGCUUUCUUGAGAAGCUGCUUUGUGAAAUGUCUUCUUCA